AUGGCAGCUGCAUACAUCGACGAUGAACAAGAUGCAUACAUGUUUCCUGGUCGAAAGAAGUAUCUCAAAAAGUAUUUGAAAACAAAAGAGAGCAUUGUUCGUCAUGGGAUGGACGAUCCAACCGGAACAACUAUCGUUGCUGAACUUGAAGAGGGGGAUGAUGGCUGGACUGGACAAUCUGAGCUUAUUGGAUUGUGUAUCUGGUAUCGAGAUCAAGAGAAGGACGACGAGAAAGCAGUAGAGCCAGAGACAAAAGAGCCUCUCCUACAAAGCAAAGGCCUUGAAGCUGUUGACUACAUGACAGAUAUGCUAGACCCUCUUACAUCAGCUUCUAACGCCGCAACCAUGGCCCGCACUUGUCGCCUGCCAUCUUCAAAACGCUACUUCGGCACCGACCCAGGCGAUUGCGCCAUGUAUGGUAUUAUGGACAUCGCUGUCGAUCCAAGAUACCAAGGCCGCGGUGUUGCGAGGGAAUUGGUAAAAUGGGGGAUGAAUAAGGCAGCAGAGGAAGGUGUCCCAAUUGAGUUGUCAGCAACUCCAGCAGGAUCUGGACUGUACGAGAAGCUGGGCUUCAAGAAGAUUGGCGUUUGGCGAUGGAAGCCUGGUAUGGAAGGUGAGGAUGGUAUGGGAGGAUGGGAUAUAAUGUGGUGGCAGAAAGACCAGUGAUUCUAUAUUAGGAUGGUAUCUUUCGCCUGUUUUAGGGAAGAUGAUUACAGACCUGGGCUGGCUUCCAGGCUACCCUUAUCUAUCCCUUCUAUCUGACAGACGGAGGGGUGUAAUAAGCUAGAUAUCAGUUGAGGGAUUUGGAACCUUCUUCUAAAGAUAAGGAAUCGAUGUUCCGAGGUGUGAG